AUGGCCAACUACCUCGCAUCCAUUUUCGGUACCGAGCAGGACAAGGUCAACUGUUCUUUCUACUACAAAAUCGGCGCCUGCAGACACGGAGACCGCUGCUCGCGCAAGCACGUCAAGCCCUCGUACUCCCAGACCAUUCUCAUGCCCAACAUGUACCAGAACCCGGCCUAUGAUCCCAAGAACAAGAUGAACCCCAGCCAGAUGCAAAACCACUUCGACGCCUUCUACGAGGAUGUGUGGUGUGAGAUGUGCAAAUACGGCGAGUUGGAAGAACUGGUGAUCUGUGACAACAACAAUGACCAUCUCAUUGGUAACGUCUACGGCCGAUUCAAAUACGAGGAAGAUGCACAGGCAGCAUGUGACGCGUUAAACUCUCGCUGGUAUGCAGCGCGACCUAUAUACUGCGAACUGUCUCCGGUCACGGAUUUCCGAGAAGCGUGUUGUCGACUGAAUAGUGGCGAGGGAUGUGUACGUGGUGGAUUCUGCAAUUUCAUUCACCGGAAAGAUCCAUCAGACGAGCUGGACCGUGAGCUGCAACUGAGCACUAAGAAGUGGCUGCAGGAGCGUGGUCGGGAUCCUCGUAGCGCGACUCGCAGCCCCAGCCCUGAGCCCACCCGUCGGCGUUACUAG